CUUCCGGGUUCAUUAAACGGAUGGGGAAUGACUAACGAAUAAAUGUGAUAAACAAAUUCAAUAAUUUAAUACGAAACAAAUCGCCAAAUUUGAAUAUUGAAAUUGCAUAUAUGUAAUUAUUCAUCAAUUUUAAAAGAAUCAAUAAUUUGUCAUUAUGAAUGCAUCCUAUAUAUGAAGAUGGUUGUGUAUUCCAUAAAAUAGAUUUCUAGAGUAGCAGAGAGAAAAUAAAGCAACAUGGCUAGAGAACCAGUCAUUGUCAAUGUCUAUGAUAUGUACUGGAUCAAUGAGUACACUUCACAUAUAGGCGUAGGGGUCUACCAUUCGGGAGUGUCAGUCUAUGGGACAGAAUAUGCGUAUGGCGGCCAUCCACUACCGAUGUCAGGAGUGUUUGAGAUUGUACCAAAGGAUGCUGAGGAUCUGGGAGAACAGUUUAAAUUCAAGGAAUCCAUUGUGCUAGGUUCCACCGAUUUCACCAUGAAUGACAUAAGCAAGAUUGUUGAGGAGCUGGGGAAGCAAUUCAAAGGCGACCAGUACCAUCUUCUGAACAAGAACUGUAAUCACUUCACGGCAGCUUUGACAAAAAUCCUGUGUGGAAAGGAGCCACCAAGCUGGGUGAACCGGUUGGCGUACAUGAGCUCCUGCAUACCAUUCCUAGAGCGGGCACUGCCCAAGGAGUGGCUCACCCCGAUCCCUCUCCAGUCUGUGAUCGAUCCAGCCACCGAGGUGACAGACGACCAUCAACAUGUGCCGAACGGGCACCGUCCCCCGUCGGGUCCCACAUAUCCCACGAGACUUUUCAAGGACACGAGCCCGUUUGAGAAUCAAACUCAAGGCUUGUUUGGUAGUGAUCGUGACCGAAGACAUUGAUGAAGGUGUUAGGUGGGUUGUGUGUGUGGUGGGGAUGGAAAGGUGGGAAGGCCUCAUGGAUUAGUACAUAGAGAUUUAAUAUUUAGAUGUGCAAUUUUUAUGUCCCCCACUAUAGUAGUGGGGGACAUAUUGUUUUUGCCCUGUCUGUUGGUCUGUUGGUAGGUCUGUUGGUUUGCGCCAACUUAAACAUUUUGCAAUAACAUUUGCUAUAUUGAAUAUAGCAACUUGAUAUAUGGCAUGCAUGUGUAUCUCAUGGAGCUGCACUUUUUGAGUUGUGAAAGGUCGAGGUCAAGGUCAUCCUUCAAGGUCAGAGGUCAAAUAUAUGUGGCCAAAAUCGCUCAUUUUAUGAAUGCUUUUGCAAUAUUGAAGAUAGCAAAUUGAUAUUUGGCAUGCAUGUGUAUCUCAUGGAGCUGCACAUUUUGAGUGGUUAAAGGUCAAGAUCAAGGUCAUCCUUCAAGGUCAGAGGUCAAAUAUAUGUGGCCCAAAUCGCUUAUUUAAUGAAUACUUUUGAAAUAUUGAAGAUAGCAACUUGAUAUUUGGCAUGCAUGUGUAUCUCAUGGAGCUGCACAAUUUGAGUGGUGAAAGGUCAAGGUCAUCCUUCAAGGUCAGAGGUCAAAUAUAUGUGGCCAAAAUCGCGUAUUUUAUAAAUACUUUUGCAAUAUUGAAGAUAGCAACUUGAUAUUUGGCAUGCAUGUGUAUCUCAUGGAGCUGCACAUUUUGAGUGGUGAAAGCUCAAGGUCAAGGUCAUCCUUCAAGGUCAAAUAUAUGGGUCAAAAUUGCUCAUGUAAUGUCACUUCUGCAAUAUUGAAGCUAGCAAUUUUAUAUUUGAAAUGCAUGUGUAUCUCAUGGAGCUGCACAUUUUGAGUGGUGAAGGGUCAAGGUCAAGGUCAUCCUUCAAGGUCAAACGUCAUAUAGGGGGACAUUGUGUUUCACAAACGCAUCUUGUUAAAUCUUGUUUGUGUUUCAGAUAUGGCGCUAUGAAAAAAAGGUUUCUUGUUAGAUCAAACAUCUGUUUCUGCUCAAGAAAUCAUGAAGACUUGUUUAAAUUGCUCUCAAAAUGGAAAUGUUAGCAUGGUGGUCACUUUCAAAAGUUGCAGUAUGACUAAUUUAGUGUUGCCUAUAAUGCCUCACUGCAUGAGUGGCCAAAAAGAAAUUGUAGUACUGUUUAUGAUUGGUUGUUUAUUAGUUUCAUUCCCAUAGACUCCUAGAUCUUAUACAGAACAUAUGUGUGAUGAUGAUAUGUAGAGAUUGUAAUAAAAAAACGUAUCUGAAAGCACUGCUGAAUUAAAGACAAAAUAUAAGGAACGUGUAUAUUCUAGAUCAUAUUACUAUCUUGUAAGAAUACCAGGGUGCAGGAUCAACAGGGUUCUCGGGGUUUACACAUGGGCUGGACAGAAGGAAAACACACUGUCAAUUAAGUGCAUUACAGACAGUUUUUAUAUGUUAUUUGGAAAAAAAGCUCCACUUACUGGUGUGUUUUCAUCCAUUAACAUCCAUUUGUGAACCCCAUAUAGUCAUGUGAUCCUGCACCCUGAAAUACUCUCCAGCCCCAUGGAUCAUCAUUAUUAUAUUGCGAGAUUAUGCUAUAAUUGUUUUAGAAUGGUGUUUUAAUCACUAUUCAUUGUCAAUUCAAAAUAAUACUUGUUAAACACUGUAAUAAGCUGCUGAUAUCAUGUCACAUACACAUAUUUUUGUAAUAUGGUGAUGUUGACUAAGCAUUAUUUCCUCAGAUUGAUGUUAUCUUACUA